GUGAUCUCGGUGCAGCUGCCUGCCGUCUCGCACACGGAGGCAGAGAAGGAGAAGUUCCCCUCGCCCACCAGCAGCACCCGACAGAGCUUCUGCGCCGCGGCUGCGUCUGAGUCUGAGUGCGCGACAGUGGGUACACAGAGGCAUGGAGACAGAUGCCAAAACUGUCUGAGAAAAAACUCUGCGCAGAUGGAGAAUGCAGCCACCCCAUCUCGAUGGCUGUGGCGCUUGAGGAUUUCUACCCCUCGGACUGUCGCUUCAUCCCCAUACGCAAGGGCCAAGUCAUCUACGUCUUCUCAAAGCUCAAGGGCCGGGGGCGCCUCUUCUGGGCUGGCAGUGUCCAGAGCGGUUAUUACAGCGAGCAGGAGGCCCGGCUGGGGUUCUUCCCGAGCAGCGUGGUGGAGGAGACGCAGCUCCUGCAGCCAGGGGACGUCGAGGUGAUGACAGAGCCCUGGGACUUUUAUUGCAACUAAAGCCUGCAGAGCAGCGGAAGCCAUCGACUGAGCUUCCAGACUGUCCAGUCACUGCAGCCAGUCACAUCUCUUAGUGGAGUGCAGGAAAAAACAACUGCUCAUUGCUGGAUGUCCAUCAAUAAAACCAUUCAUAAAUGCAUCUAAAACAAA